GCAAGUUGUAUCUCACUAACUCAUGUGACAUAAUCCCAUCUGUGUUUCUGCCUAGCUGAACUGAUUGAAAACAUGGAUAAGAAAGCAACCUGGGACCGCUUCUACACUGAGAGCAGCAGCAGCACAAACACCUUCAAACACUUUGAGUGGUUCUUUGGCUUCGAUGCUGUCCGGGACUUCAUUAUGCCCCUAUUGCAGACCAAGCCCCACCCAGACGGUUUGCUCCAAGUCCUGGAUAUGGGCUGUGGCACUUCUGCUUUAGGGCCCUGUAUUUACAGACACUCUCCUCUCCCGGUCCGGGUCACUUGCGCAGACAUUUCCCCCAUAGCUGUGCGACUAAUGCAGGAACACGUCCAAACCAAAGCCAUUCAACCUCACAAUCUUUCCUCUCGGCUUGAGUUCGUAGAGCUGGACUGCACACAGCUCCACAAGCACUAGGGUUGUAGCAGUGUGGACCUUAUAGUUGAUAAGGGCACCACAGACGCCUUGUUGAGGUCUACGGAAGGGAAAUGGAAGGCCAAUCAGGUGCUGAAGCAGUGUUUGAAGGUGUUGCGGAGCUCAGGGUCUCUGCUCCAGUUCUCUGAUGAAGGCCCUGAUGCCAGGCUGCUGUGGCUGGAGACGGAGGCACAGGAGCCGGGGGUGAUGGCAGCAGAUGUUGGGGUGCAGGAGGUUGGGGAGCUAAGGGGAAUGACUUACUACUGCUACCAAGUGACUCCUCGCUCUAUUGUAUAGCAACUUUCUUCAUCUGGAUGGUGGUAAUAUUAAAUGAGUAAACUACUGAACUGAUUGUAAAAAGUA